AUGAACCCAAAAGAUUUCUUUGAGAUUACACAUUACUCAUUAUAAGAAAUUUAGUAAAUUCCUCCCUUCAAAAACAAUCUAAGCACAUUCAAUAAAUAAACUUAUACUGUCUCAUCUGCUCAGACAGGCAAAUCGCAUUCUUUAAGCAAACUCAUCAAUGAACCUAUUUAUUUUAUAAAUGAUGGUCAUCUGUAUUUGGUGGGUCGAAAAGAAAUUUAGCAAGGCAAAACCUACGUUGGAUAUUCAGUCCAAUAUUUGACACUAAUUAAAUACAAAGGUCUAUAUGAAAUGGAUUCCAUAACAAUUGAAGUAUACACAAAAUGGUUAUAACUAUUUAGACGAACCUAGAGUCCUUAAAAAAGAAUAAAACAUAUCGCUAAUUAUCCUCGUCUUAUUUUGAGAGAGUAAAAGAUGGAUAGGAAUUACUAAUCUUUAAUGAAAGCAAAUUAGAAGAAUAGGAUGAAUACUCCUUAAGUUAUCUACUAAGUUAUAAGAUUCAAAAUUCAGCAUAGCUAGUGUAACUUAUAGUUAAUAUUAAACCCUUAGUCAAGAAUAGGUACGCUUGGAGAAAAAAUAACAACAUACCUUCAAAGCAUUUCAACCUUUUGAGUCUCAUUAUUCAAUGGUUAGUGAGAAUGUAAAUUAUUUCAUUUAAUUAUUUAGUUUCCGGAAGUAUUUUUAGAGUAUUAAUGCUUAAAUGUGUCAUCGUAGCCUCUGGAGAUGAAGAAUAUUGAAUUUAAAGUCGAAAAUAUCAUGUCCAUUCAGAAAUUGGUAUAUAUAUUGCAUAAUUCUAUUUCUGUAGAAAGACUACUAAUUACCAAUAGUGUUGGCUCAGGAUGAAUGUGUGAAAAUCAUAUAUCGUAUUCUCAUUGAAACAUCAGAUCUAAAGGCUAUUUAUACUGUAUUGACUCAGAAGAGUAUUUCUAAUUCUUAACAAUUUUAUAGAGGAUUUGACAGAGUAUGAUUUGAGGUUGGGGUAGAUUCAUUUAGAAUGGGGUACUUGUGGUAAUUAUUAUGGAACUUAAAAAACUUGUUUGGUCAGGAUUUACCCAAUAAAUCUAAGACCUUCAAAAUCAAUUUAAAUUGAGAAAGAAGUUAUUUCAACAAUAGAAAUUGACAUUGAAUUGGGAAUCUUAUUUGAUGUCCCUCAACUUGAUUUGGCUAUUAAAUUGGAGGAAUUGGAAAUGAAAGCGAUUAAGAUUGUUGGAAUGAGUUAAAUGGUAAGAUGGAGAUUUAUAUGAAUUUAGAAAUUAAACUAUCCCCCAGGGUUGAGAACAAGAAGAAUUAAGUUAGAUGUAGUAGCAUAUAACUGUGGUGUCCAUCAAAUAAAGGGGAUAAAAUUGUAUGAUCCAAAAACUAUGAAAAAUAUUUCAUAUAAAAAUUUUCUUUCAGUUUUUGUGGUAAAUAAACAGCAAAAUUAAAGAGCUUAAUAGUAAUUAAAUGCUUAAGAUGUAAACUUAUUGGAUUUAGAAAUAAAUUAACCGAUAAAAGUGGAGAAUUAGAAUUUGUUGGAUUUAAUGUGAUAAUUAAGAAUAUAAUUUAUAAUUUAUUUUCAUUUAGCACAAAACAUCAACUUACAUCAAUGACUGAAGAAAUAUACGAAUAAGUGCAAUUAGAGAAACUAAGAAUGUCCGAAUCAAAAAAAGUUGAUGAUUAACAAAGUAUUCAAAUGAGAAAAUUGGUUUCCAAUACUGAGAAUAAUAGUAUUCACAAUUAAGAACCUCUUUUUUCAUUUGACCAGUUGCUAUCUCAGGUAGGAUUUGGAUCCUACUAAUUAUGGAUUUACUUAAUAAUGGGGUUGUUGGGUGUAACAGAAGGUGCCUAAAUCACUUUAUUUACAUUAAUGAUACCUAUUCUUAAGAACUAAUGGAAUGUUCCUGACUCAUUGAACUCACUCCAAGCAAGUUUUGUUUUUGUAGGGUUUUUAACAGGUUCUAUGAUGUCAGGUUAAUUUUCAGAUCGUUUUGGCAGACGAGGUCCCUUUUUAUACAGUUCAUUCCUAACUUGUCUAGUUACUUUGGCAACUAUUUUAUGUUAGGAUAUAUACUAGUUAUUAUUUGUAAGAGGAAUCAUGGGGGUGUUGGUUGGAUUCUUUUCACCUUGUGGGGUGACAAUGCUUUCUGAAAUAACUCAAAUAGAAGUAAGAGGUAGAUAUAUGAGUCUUAUCACACUGACCUUUUCAUUAGGAUAAUUAUUUGGUUUGUGGAUUGCUUCAUUCUUCUUGAUCAACUUCGAUGAUGUAUAAAUUUAAUAUAGAAAUAAAGGGUAAUUGGAGAGCAAUGACAUUUUAUUGUGCGAUUCCAGGAAUGUUGGCCUGGUUAUUAUGUGUGCUGAAAUUAUAAGAGUCAGCAAGAUUUGCAUUAUUGAAUGGAAGGAAGGAGGAAGCAUUCGAGAUAAUUUAAUAAAUGACUACAUUAAACCAUUCUCAGUUUGUUUUGACAGAUGAUGUCAAAUAAUAAUUGAUAAAUUGGGCAAAUAUGAUGAAUAAGAUUGCAAAAUAAUAAGAGAAUGUAAUUUACUGAAUAAUUGUAAUAGGCAUCAAUAUCAUCAUUAUUUGAUAAAGAGAAGUGGUUUGUAACUUGUUUGGUCUGGUUUAAUUGGUUCACCCUUUCGUUUAUCUACUAUGGAAUUGUAAUGAUGUUGCCCACAUUUUUACAAGGACUUAAGUUAGGAGAUUCUUAUUUGGCUGUUCAUAAACUAUUAUAAUUGGUGAUAUCAUCAAUAAGUGAUAUAAUUGGAGCAGCAGCAGCUUCAGUGAUCAUAGAUAUAAAAUAUUUGGGAAGGAAGAAUUCACUAAUUUUAUUCUUUUUUAUUUAAGCUUUGAGUUGUGUAGCUGCCUAUUUUGAUGAUCCAAGUAGAUUUAUGUUAUGGACAAAUUUCUGUAAAUUCUUUCUAUCUAUGACUUUUAUUUUUUCAUUCUAAUAUACCGCGGAAGUGUAUUCAACUAAAAUCCGUACAACUGGAGUCGGAAUGGCAAACGGAGUAGGCAGAUUAGGUGGAGUCAUAAUGCCAUGGAUCUGUCUUUAUUUGUCAUCUAUGGAUCUUUUAAGUCCAUUUUUAUUAUUUACAGGUACCUUGACUUAAUUAUCAUAGUCAUUUCAUUUAUGACCAGUCUCACUAAUUGUUUUUUACCUUAUGAUACCCUGGGGAAGGAAAUAGAAUGA